GCGGUGCAACCAAUGGGAGGGCGGGACGCUCGUGACGUCAGGAGGCGGAACCGGGGCGGUGUCAGCGGCGGCGGCGGCGGCGUGCGGAAUCAUGGCGGCGUUUCCGGGACAGGGCUGCCCCGGUGCAGGACAGGCCGGGCCGUACCCCGGCGGCCCCUACGGCGGCGGGCCCGGAGCCCCCUACGGGCAGCCGUACGGGCAGGCCCCCGGCGGGGCCGCCCCCCCAGGCUGCGCCCCGCCGGGCGUGGAGCCCGAGGCCUUCGCCUGGUUCCAGGCCGUGGACGCGGACGGCAGCGGCCACAUCUCGGUGCGGGAGCUGAAGCAGGCGCUGCUCAACUCCAACUGGACGGCGUUCGACGACGAGACCUGCCUGCUGAUGAUCAACACGUUCGACAGGACCCGCUCCGGUCGCAUCGACGUGUACGGCUUCUCGGCCUUGCUGCGCUUCAUCCAGCAGUGGAGGAACCUCUUCCAGCAGUUCGACAGGGACCGCUCGGGCUCCAUCAGCUUCAGCGAGCUGCAGCAAGCCUUCUCCCAGAUGGGCUACAACCUGAGCCCCCAGUUCAGCCAGCUGCUGCUGUCCCGCUACGCCCCGAGGUCGCCCGACCCCAGCAUCCAGCUCGACCGCUUCAUCCGCAUCUGCAUGCAGCUCCAGAGCACCACCGAGGCCUUCCGCGAGAAGGACACGGCGCUGGUGGGCAACGUGCGCCUCAGCUACGAGGACUUCCUCACCAUGGUGGUCACCCGCAUGUUGUGACGCCCCAGGCCCACGUUUCGGGCAGCAGCGGCCGUCCCGGCCCCUCGCUGCGCCCCCCCACCCCCUACCGCCUCCCCUGCCCCGGGACCACCCCCCGAGCCCUGCCGGUGCCUCCCAGCUCCCGGUCCCGGUCCCCGCUCGAUGGCAGCGGGUGUCUCCGCGCCGCAGCGCGGUUCUGCUGCCCCGGGGCUGUGCCACACGGUGCGACGGCCAAACCAGGAGCGAGCCUGUGCCAUGCCUCCGGGGAACGCCUGGAUCUUCCCCUGCCAGACCCAAAAUCGGGCGGGAACCCGGGGCCACCUCGUGCAGCUCACAGGCGGCGGGCGGGUCCCUCGUUGCCAACGUCUCUCGGUUUCUUUCUGCCUGUGGAAGCCAAGCUGGGGAGCGGUUACAGUCUGUGUGUACAGCUCUGGAAUAAAAUACCCCGCGCGCUGUU